UUUGUUUCAUAUCUCCCUCUUGUCUAAGAAAUUUUUUAAUCCCUUCCAGUUAGUUUCCAAAAAAUGAAUCAAGAGCACUGCAACAACGCUGUCACUAAAUCCAGUAACUACGUAGCCGGCGGGCAACCUCAACCAAGCUGUCCACCCACAGUAACUAGUGGUGCAAUCUCAGUUAUUAGUCCGAAGUACUGUGCACCUUAUCCAGUUGACCUCUCAAUUAUCAGAAAGGUUCUGAAAUUGACACAUGAUAACUAUACAGUUUCAGAUGUUAACGGAAAUCCUGUUUUCGAUAUCAAGGAUGAGCUCACUCUCGUCCGUCACCACCGUGUCUUACGUGACCCUGGUGGAGUCCCUAUUGUCACUAUUCUUGAAAAGGUAAUGACUGCACACAGGAGGUUUAACGUCUUCAAGGGAGAUAGCACAGAUAUGAAAGACCUCGUAUUCACUGCGAAACAGUCUCAUUGUAUUCAGUGGACUACCAAACUAGACGUGUUCUUACCAAACAACACAAAAGAGGAUGUGUGUGAUUUCAAGGUCAAAGGUAACUGGUUGGAGAGAUCUUGUACUGUAUACGCCGGAGAUGGAGACAAAGAUUCUAACAACAUCAUAGCUCAAAUGCACAAGAAACACACGGUAAACAGCGUGGUGCUCGGAAAGGAUACUUUUAACGUGACUGUGCAGCCAAAUCAUGACUCGGCAUUCGUUAUUGCGGUCAUUAUCGUCCUUGAUGCCGUUAACGACCUUAGAGCUAUGAGAUGAUGCAUAUUUAUGUAAAAACUUCGCCAUUGCUUUUCCUUUGUGUUAUGCCUCUGUUUUUCUAAUAAUAGUCAUAGCAAUAUGUGCUCUUCUCGUAGUACUUCUGCAAAUUGACAGUAAUGGAUGUAAUUUUAUGAACGAACGUGUAAUAUGUGACACUAUUAAAUAAAAUGAGUUAUUUGGCAUCAA